GGGAGGGAGAGGCAUAAGGAUAGGCAAAGAGCAAAGUUAGAGUGUCACUGCCAAAUGCGCUCAGUUACGCACAGAAACCCACAUCCAGGACUGGAGUGCAUGGUGUAAAGGAGCUGGUCUAGUUUCCUUGCUUUGACAGAAAAAGGGAAAAGAAGUCUCAUCAACAGCUUGAUCAUCAGAGCCCAGCAAAUUUAGCAGCUAUUUAUCCGCACAGGAAUGGUGGAUCACUUGCCACUUGGUGAGGAGACCUUCCUGUAUUAUUCCUGCUCUCAAGGGUCUGACUACAGUUCCGCCUCUCACCACACCAAGGGUGGUGUUGCACAGGGCAUCAUGGUGACGGAUGCAUGCACCUAUCAGCACCACCCUUACCAAGGUUUGACGCUCUCUUCCUCACCAUGUCUCUCGGAAGAUGACCUCAGUGACCCAUCAAGCCCUCGUUCCUCCCUCUGCUCCAGCCCUGAGUUCAUGCCAUCAGCAUCACGGAACAUCCUCAGCUCUAGCUACGAUAGCAGGGACAGCAGGAGUAGUGGGUGUUCCAACUCAUCAGUUGAAGACAAUCAAGAGAGCCUUUUGGACCUCCUUCUCUCACAGGCCUCAAUUACCACCUCAUUGAGCUCCAGUAGUGGCAAUAUUUCCGUAUCCUCAUCCAUUCCCUUCUCAUCACCAGCCUCCUCCACCUCAUCAUCUCCAAAAUCUCCUUUUUUGACAAUGGGCCCAGCAUGGGAGCCCAAGAGGGAACAGCGUCUUGGUGCUCAGCAACAGCUGGCAAAAGAGGAGUGUUUCGAGUUUCCAGUCUUCCUCGAUGAGCUCCAGGAUCCUGAAGCACUCCUCUUUCAGCCAACUCUAGAGGAGAUUGAGGAGUUCUUAGAAGAGAACAUGAUGGUGGCAAUGGAAAAUGAAGAGAAUGGUAGCGAUGAAGAAAUGUCACCUCCCAUGUCUAUAUCAGAUGACAAUGAGCCUGAAGGUUCAGUGACACUCGCAGGAGAUCUUAAGUCACCAUCACAACACUUAGAUCAGACUGUGCCUGUGGCCUCCAAUUCAAAGGCCAGGCAUGCAGCAUGUGCAUCAGGUACAGAUGGCUUACCAGUGACUGAUGGUAAUAGAUGUGUAGCUACUUCCACUGACACUUGUGUUGAUGGGAUCAAGCAGGAAGACUGUGGAUCGCUGACACCUUUAUCAGAAAGUGCUACCACUGCCUCAAGUGUGCCUGUCAUUCUCCAAAUCCAGCCCAUACAGGUCAAACAAGAACCAAAUUCCAGUGCUGUAUUAGACACUGCCCCUCAUCAGUCACAGAAAACCCAUUCCCAACCAACUGAGUCCCCAUCGUCAAUCAAAAUUGCCCAGCUCCUGGUCAACAUCCAAGGGCAGACAUUUGCUUUAGUACCUCAGUUGCUUUCACCUACAACAGCUAACUCUGGCAAACCAGGAAUUGCAGCACCGUCCAAAUUUGUCCGGAUUGCACCGGUGCCCAUUGCAGCCAAACCCAAUGGGCUCGGGGAAGGGGGAUUAGGCCUCGGGGGUUCAGCAACAGGUGUCCUUGGUGGAGGUCAACGAUAUCAGAAGAGCACAGUGGCAGACCUCAUUAAAAUGCACAAGUGUUCAUUUCCUGGCUGUAAUAAGAUGUACACCAAGAGCAGCCACCUUAAAGCACAUCUAAGAAGACACACAGGGGAGAAGCCCUUUGCAUGCACGUGGCCUGGCUGUGGAUGGAGAUUCUCCCGGUCUGACGAGCUAUCCAGGCACCGCCGCUCCCACUCUGGGGUAAAGCCAUAUCAGUGCAUCGUCUGUGAGAAGAAGUUUGCCCGUAGUGAUCACCUGUCGAAACACCUCAAAGUCCAUCGCUUUCCCCGAAGCAGCAGGACAGGACGCUCUGUAAACGGACCUCUCUGACCUCCUCUAUGACAGAGUGACGCUCAGCAGUAGAGAAGGACUGGAGGGGUGUAUGUCUGUGACGAAAGACUAUGUAGGACAGUCCAAACUCCCCUACAAGGACUCUGUAAAGGGCUCUAUGUGCGUGUGACGCACAUUCUUGGUACUGUGAUAAUUUAUUGAGUGACAAAGAGAGGACUGUACAAACUAAACAGGAAACUGUUACUUGAUGCAGCAAUGUCACAGGUGGAAUAAGCUUUUCCUUUAAGCCAAUUUUAUUCUCGAAUCUUUUAGCCAAUCGAUUUUUAAGGCAAUCUUUUUUUUUACUAGGUGAAUUUUUUGAACUGAGAAUUUAUAUCAAUCCAUUUUAUAUCACCUGGGGAUUUACUGCUGUUUUAAAUCCAAUUUCAUACUUAUAGAUCCAAUAUAUAAAUAUUCUUAAAUCUCAUUUCCUAAUUACAUAAUUUUGGAGCCUAUGAAAGUAAAAGAAACUACAGAUCAGGGUAGUGAGAUCAUGGUUGAGUUAUUUCUCAUGGAUUUCAAGGAAACAGAUGAAAAUUCUUUUAGCUUUAAAAAUGUUUCUUUGAUGCCCCUGAGUCUCGAAAGUUGAAAAAAAUACACCAUAAAUAAUGCAAUCAAGAACCAAGCUUGGUUUCAUGUUGAUUUAGUGUUUUCCAUCAUAGAACAACACACUGUGUAAUUAGCACUGGCACAGACAACAUUUUCGGUGGUCUGUCCGAGUGGAGAGUCUGUUUGGGUAAAAUGUGUUCUUUUACUGCAAUCUGAGUCAGUUUUCAGUUGCAAUCUAUCAGAUUAAAAUGAGCUACUGUGAGCUAAUGAUGGAUCCAAAUUAUCCCAUGUUUUCUCAUCAUGCUAUCUUGCAAUGUCAUUCAUAUUCAAAAAUUGUAUUUACUUGAUGUGACAUUUGUGAAAUAACAGCAGACUUCCUUUGAAUAAGCUGAGGCAAUUUUUUUGUUUUACAAAAGGUUUUUCAUCCUACCAUAGGAAAGGAAAUGUGAAUGGGGAAAUUAAUCAUCUUCUUGAACUCUCUGCAUCAGUCCAAUGCGAUAACCUACCAAAAUUUUCAAUGGUCUAACUUAAAGAGAAACUAACAUCGCUUGCAUUUUAAUUUGUGCGCUAUUUGUGUAUUCACAAACACAGGAGAAUGCAUCUGGAAUUUUUUCUCCCCCUUCAGUGAUUAGAGACUGACUCAAAAUAGGUUGGGCAAUCAUGUUUCAGUGCUAUGAUUUAAGGUGGAAUAUAUAUAUAUAUGUAGCAGAGGCAGGAGAUACAGAGCCUAAAGCCAAGCCAAAAUAAACAUGGCAGAAAAGGAGGAUGCACACAUACAGCAGCUGCUGCUAUCACAUCUGAAAAAGUAAAAGCAAGAGUGUACAUGUGUAAGCUGUCAUGGUUUUUCAUGGUGUCUGCUGCUAUUUAAAUUGUUACCAUGAUUGGCUGAAACCAAACUGUGGCGGGCACUAGAAGGUUGCUCGCCCAAACAGCCUGUACGUUUUUGCUGAAAGUCCCUCCCAUUCUGAACAGAUUUGAUUGAAGCAAUCUUAGAUUAAUACAGAAGCAGCCACAAAAUGGCCCUUCUCAGGCAAACGCCAACCAAAUGGCAGCCCACUUCCCUGCAACUCCAAGCAAUAUCCCAUCCAACUUCCAGCCACUAGUCUUCUCCUGGGCAUGCAUUGUUUAUACUCUGACUACACACUUUCACUGAAUUACAGGGUCUGACCAGGAGAUGACGCUUUCUUUAGAUCUUAAUCGUAAUGUCCCAAACAAUACAUGUAUAUGCCUAAACACAAAGUUCUGUUUGUUGAGGCCGUAACAAUCUGCCUCAUCUGCUCUCCACCACAGGUGGUGCGCUGGGUUUGAGAAGGGGCUGUCAUUUGUUUACCAGCAUCAAACAUAGUUUGCUCCUGAGCUAUUUCUAGGUGUUGUACCUGUUUUUAAAUCCCUCUGGUGAACUCAUGAUCAAAUGGUCAGGUGGCCUGAUGCAUCAUGCUAAGGGAAUUAGCAUGCCAAUGCAGGCAAUGUUCAUCUGGGACUCAGAAACACACUGAACAAAACUUAUUAGAAACAAUGUAGAGAUUUAACAUCUCCUAAAUAAAAUAUUGAUUAAUGAAAUAUUUCAAAUCACCAAAAUAAGCUAAAAUGUAGACCUUGGUGUGACUUGAUACUCUGAGAAAGUAUUCACCUGUUCACACAUUGAUUGUAUGAUUUUAAUAGAUAAGGAAACUAUUGCUAAAAUAAGCAAAAAAAAAUACUUUUCUUUAUUAAGUAUUUCCUCUUAUGCUUAUGUCAGGAUAAUUCUUUAAGAAAUUAGAAACCUGAAUAAACUGUCUAAAAAAAACUGCUUUCAUAUCUUAGAUUAAAGAUUCUACUGGAUAUUUUUUUUUUUUAUUGAAAUGGUUCAACUGAAAAAGAUAAAAAUUCUGCAAAGAAAUCCAAACAAAAACUAAAGGUUUCCAUUAAUGUAUCAUUCAUUUAUCUAACCAUUUAUCAGUUAUUGUUUAUCUGAUUUUGCUUAAACCUGUACAAAAUACAACAAAAAAACAAGCUGUUUUGAUGCAUUUACUGGCUACAUAAAAAAAUUUAAUUUUCUGCAUAUGACAGAAAUUAAAAAUAACAUUAAGAACGACUCAUUCUUCUCUUUUUUGAGUUUGGAUCAGGAAUCAUCAGUGGAAAAAUUGAAUGAUCUUAAACACUAAAUAUAACUAAACAUGCUGUUCAUAAUGAUGGACAGAGACUCUUGCUUUGA